AUGAAAGAGAUGCCUCACUACUCUAAAUUCCUAAAAGACCUUUUGAAUGGAAGGAGAGAAGUUGAAACCGUUAGCCUAACCGCAAAUUGUAGUGCUAUUCUCUCUAGUAAGCUACCAACCAAAUUGCAAGAUCCCGGUAGUUUUUCCAUCCCUUGUUCUAUCAAUGAGGUUCAUUUGGGGAAGGCUUUAUGUGAUCUAGGUGCUAGUGUGAUUUUAAUGCCCUUCUCAGUCUACCGAAACCUUAAUGUGGGAAGUCUUUCACCUACAAACAUCACCCUCCAACUAGCUGAUAGGUCCACAAAAUUGCCUAUAGAGAAAGUAGAGGACAUGCCCCUUAGAGUUGGUAAGUUAACUUUUCCGGUGGACUUUUAUGUUCUCGAUAUGGAUGAAGAUGAAAGAAUUCCUAUAAUUUUGGGAAGGUCAUUCCUAGCUACUUCUAAAGCAAUCAUUGAUGUCAAAGAAGGUAAGAUGACCUUGAAGGUUGACAAUGAUUCUAUCGAAUUUGAUUUGAAUAAGGUAAUGAGACAACCUUCCUCUAGUAAUGAAUGCUUUAGAAUAGAUACAAUUGAAAAUUUGAUGAAUGAGUUUAGAUACCCUCAUAUGCAUGCUUCUAAUGAUCUACUUGAGAAUGUUUUUUUGAAUGAGAAUGAAGUAGGUGAUCAAAAGGAGAUGCAAUUAUAUGAGUAA